UGUGAGUCUUUCACGUGAUGCUUCUUGCGUGACGUAUAAUCUAGUGGACGGAACUGGAAGCGUCCUCAACAGCGACAAAGGGUUUCUGAUUCACCCACCGCGGUGGUUUGCUAGCGAACGUAAAACAUUGAUGCUCUUUAGACCAAUCUUGUGUAUAUUACUCUUAGUGUUUAGAACAUAAUUCUGUUUACGUUAUGUUCUAUCUACUAGUUCAUUUAAACGUGAUUUGCUUGUUAAAUUAGCAAAUGUGUUACAUUGAUAUUGCACUAGGCUAAUCGCUCGGAGCAUGAGCUCACUAAGCUCGACGGAGAAAGAAGCUCUGAUGAAAGGAGAGGAAGAAUCUUUCAGGAUGAAAAAGGAGGAAGAGGAGGCUAUCACAUUGAAAGAAGAAGAGGAUGAUAUUACAGUUAAAGAGGAAGAUGGGAUUGUCAGAGUAGGAGAUGGGGUUGUCAGAGUGGAAGGGGAGGAGGUAGAAGCUUUCAGAAUCAAAAAGGAGGAAGAUGCCAUAACAUUGAAAGAAGAGAAUGUGAAAGAAGAGGAAGAACCAUUUGGAGUAAAAGAGGAAGAGGAGGAUAUCUCAAUAAAAGAGGAGGAGACAGAAGUUCCGAUUAACACCCGAGAGAGACAUGACUAUGCUGGAUCCUCUGGGGAGCCUCAACAACAUCCUGAUGCUGACGAGGCAGAGAGGAGUCUCUCCAGAUCAGAACAUCAGAUGGACAAAGCUAGCCCUUCCUCCCACCCAGAGUCCCCGUGUCGUGCCUCUCCCGGUAGCACCUUACUGCUGGGUAUGAAGAGGUUGUCUGUGCUGCUGGUGGACUGCAGGAAAACAACGGAGCUGACUGGAACUGUGAGAGGAGGAGAAGAGAAGGAAGGAUCAGAUUUUACUCAUAAAAGAGGAAAACCAAACUCGGCGGAACCAGAGACGUCCAAACCAGCAAGACAACACUUCUGCUCCCAGAUUGGAAAGAGUAUUACCAAAUUAGGAAGCCUGAAAAGACAUGAGAGGACACAACGAGGAGAGAAGCCACACAAUUGCGCCCAGUGUGGAAAGAGUUUUAACCAGUUAGGAAAGCUGAAAGUUCAUGAGCGAAUACACACAGGGGAGAAGCUUUUCCAUUGCGCCGAGUGUGGAAAGAGUUUUAACAAGUUAGGAAACAUGAAAUCUCAUGAGCGAAUACACACAGGGGAGAAGCCUUACCACUGCUCCCAGUGUGGAACCAGGUUUACCAAGUUAGGAAGCCUGAACAGACAUCAGAGGACACACACAGGGUCGAAGCCACACCAUUGCUCCCAGUGUGGAAAGAGUUUUAACCAGUUAGGAAACAUGAGAUCUCAUGAGCGAAUACACACAGGGGAGAAGCCUUUCCAUUGCUCCCAGUGUGGAAAGAGUUUUAGCCAGUUAGGAAGCCUGAAAGCUCAUGAACGAAUACACACAGGGGAGAAACCUUACCACUGUUCCCAGUGUGGAAAGUGUUUUAACCGGUUAGGAAAGCUGAAAGAACACAUGAGACUGCACACAGGGGAGAAGCCUUACAAAUGCUCAGACUGUGGGAAGACAUAUUACUCAUCACAGUCACUUAAAAGUCAUAUGAAAAUCCACACAGGAUAGAAUAAUUACUUCUAGUGUGUAAAUUGAUAUUUCACAUCUCAUUGACUUAAAAUUCAUCAGAGGACAUACACAGUGCUCCCAUUAUCUGUGUGUCAUUCCUCCAGCACUACAGAUAAUCAAGUGAUAUUUGGAUGUGAUGCAUUAGUUCCAUUGUUGACAUUUGUGUUGUUGGCCCACUGAUGAUUUAAUGACAUGAAACUGUUCAUUGACGCCUCCCACUGUAUGAAUAAAUGUUGUUUCCACGUCAUUUCAACUAAAUAAAUCCAUGUGAUGAUGUUAGAUCAAUGUAGAAAACUGAUUGGAUUUGUAAAAAGCAUCAACAUAAGGUGAUUUUUUUUUAUUCACUGAACUUGCAAUUUAAAUCCAAUGACAAGUGACAUUUUGUGUUGAUUUCGUGUUGAAUUCACUUUAGUUGACGAAUCAAAGAAAUGUAAAUAGAAACUAGAUGUUGAACUGACGUCUGUGCCCAGUGGGCUGGUUUGAAUAAGCAGCAGGUGUUGAAUCUGAUGUAUCAAAUACUUAUGUCAUGCAAUAAAAUGCAAAUUAAUUACUUAAAAA